AUGUCCAUCCUUCACUUAAGCUUCUACUCAGCCUUCACCCUAAGCAGCCUAGGACUGGCCUUCCACCGCACCCACUUGGUCUCAGCCCUACUAUGUCUAGAAAGUAUAAUAUUAUCCCUAUACACUAUACUAUCUAUAUGACCCAUUGAAACUAACACAACAUCGGCCUCCCUAAUCCCAGUACUUAUAUUAACAUUUUCCGCCUGCGAAGCCGGGGUAGGUCUCGCAAUACUAGUAGCCUCCACCCGAACUCACGGCUCAGACCACCUACACAACCUAAACAUACUGCAAUGCUAA